AUGUCUUCUUUGAGCAGCAACCACUCUUCCGAUGAUGUUCAUGAGAUUAGAAAUUCCGGUACUGAUGAGCCUGUCGAGUCAGCCUCAACCCGUUUCUUGACCACCGAUUCCGCCCGCUGUGCAGACGGCGGGAGUGACGGCCUAAUCAAUCUUAUGUUGGAUAUUGAAGCGGAUUACUCCUCGCAAGUCAAUUGUAAAGAUGGACAUGAGAGAACUCCCCUCCAUAUCGCCGCGGAACAUGGAAUGCUUGAAAUAGUGCGAAAGAUCAUCAAUUUUGACAGCCGGACUCUACAUGCAAAAGACAAAAACAAGCGUCAGCCUUUACAUGUGGCUUGCAGAGAGGGGAAAACAGAGACAGCGCGACUUUUCCUGGAUGCCGGAGCGGAUAUCGAGGCAGAGCAAAACCAAGAAAUAACUGCACUGGAUGAUGCUGCCUAUCAUGGCCACACAGAUGUCGUCAAUCUUCUUCUGGACACAGGCGCUAAUGUCGACGUUGCUGAUUGCGAUGGAUUAACUCCUCUACAUAACGCAAGCUCCGAGGGCCAUAUAGAGGUAGUUCGCUCCAUACUCAAACAUCCUAAAACACCUAAAACAACCAUCAAUGCACAAGACAAAUCUGGUUGGGCUGCGCUGCAUAUGGCAAUUUGGGAAGAUUACCGUAAUACCGUUUCUUUCUUGCUAGAAGAGGGAGCAGAUCUUACCCUCAAAACAAGCGAUGGAUGGACACCCCUACUCACAGCAACGCCACGAUAUCUAGAUAUGGUCAGGAUUAUACUAAGAUACCGCGACAAAAGAGACAUACAGCUGGAAGCCGAUUAUGAAGAAGGAUACACAGCACUACUGGAAGCCAGUAGAAAGUCUCAGUUAGCAACAACACGCAUUUUGAUAGAGGCGGGGGCGAACCGCAAAGCCCAGGAUAAGUAUGGAAGAACUGGCCUCCAUUUGGCUAGCAAGACUGGAUAUGUCGACAUGUUGAAGCUCUUUUUCCCGUUAUUGAACGGAGAGAUGAUUGAACAUCAAUGCGACGGCAGCAAUACUGCUCUUCACCUAGCCUGUGGUGCUAGAGAUGAUUCUGACAAUAGCUCUGACAGUUCGUGUGUGUUUGUCAUUCGGGAGUGGGAGCAUCAAGAAGGUCAGCAUGGUUCGGUGAUUCAGUUCUUGUUGGACAAUGGGGCGGAUAAACAUGCGAAAAAUGAUGCUGGAGACACACCUCUCCAUGAUGCGGCAGCAAGCGGUAUUUCCAGCAGGCUUGAGCCUUUACUGAAGGUGGUAACCCCCAAAGAUAUGCUAGCGCAAAAUUCAAUGGGCUGGACAGCGCUUCGCUCAGCUUAUUUGGGGGAAGAUCGAGAAAUUGCAAUGACAGCUUUGUUGAAAUCCGAACACCUGCAGACGGCCAAUUUUGGGGCACACGAUGUAUGGCUGGAUGCCGUCAAGUGGGCUGCGAGCAAUCCUGCAAACUUUCCCAUUGCGAAACUGCUGGUCUCGAAAAGGCCGAAUUCAAAACGCCCGCAGUCCCUGCCAUCAACGGACGACAACUUGAUCGAGUCAGCGGCAAAUCAGCUGAUCCCGGACCUUCUUUUGAUACUGAUUGGUAAGAUGGAUAAAAACAUGGAUAAAAACCUGGAUACCCUCAAUGCCCUUCAGUCAGCUCUCAAGACGACCCUGCAGGCGAUCCAAGACGGCCUCGAAGGAACUACAGCGAUGGAUACCGACAGAAAUCGACUUAAGGUGCUCUGGGUCCUCAUGGCAACCUUGAGGGGAUUUGGCAUCCAGGGCCUUGUCGACAGAACACUUCGAUCGGUAAAGAACACGAGAGACAAGUUGCAAGAAUUGGCGUCGAGCUCACUAUUGAAGGACAGCUUGAAUACAAAGGCUUUCGGUCCAAGGCACCCACGUAUACCCCAAAAUCGGUAUAGAGUCGCCGGAGAGACGCACCAUCCGGAGCUCCGUGAUGCUGAGGCAAGGGAGACACGCCUGAGUUACUUGGCGGAGUUGGAAGAUAUCCUCCGCGAUCCACCCCGCACCCAGUUUCAACGGCACUUUCAAGAUUUGAAACCUCCAGAGAUUGGAUCCCCUGCUAUCGGCAAGCUGCUACAAAGAUUUGAGGCCACCAUUACCCUAUUUCUUGAAGACAAAAAGUGUCUGGAACUAUUACCAGGCAUCGUUCAGUGA